AUGUCUUUGUUCAGCCAGACAUUCAAGAGUCGACUACGCUGCCAGCAGUUCUUCCGAAUAGGUGCCACGACCCGACCACGAGGUGCAGAGUAUUCAUCUGGGCGGCACACAAUGGCGUCGAGCAUGAAGCUGUUCUUGGAAGCUCUACAAGGCGAGCAAGUCUCUCUCGAGGUAGGACCCGACGAUAACACCACAAUGUACACCCCUUCGAAAGCCAUCCUGUGCAGCGGAUCCAGGUGGUUUGACGCGGCGUUCAAAGACGGCCGCUUCCAGGAAAGUCAAUCGGGCAGCAUUAGGCUUCCAGACGACUGUCCUGAAGCAUUUGGAGCUCUUCUCUACUACGUUCAUCAAGACUCUCUCGUGUGGACCACGUGGCCUGAAGACAGCGACGAGUGUGGCGAGCAACUCUGGUUGUGCUUCAAGGUCUGGCUUCUUGGCGACAAGUACCUUCUGGAGGAUCUCCAGAAUACUGUCAUGGAGAGAAUCUGUGCUCUGCUGAUCAGUGUCGACUCAGCUGGAGAGGCGAUGCCUGUAGCAGUGGAAGUGCUAGCGAUGUGUUACGAGGCCUGCCCGGAGGGCUUACCAUUGAGGGUCAUCAUCGCGGAUCACGUUGUCAACAGAAUGAGAAACAGCCCGUCUGCCUUUGCGAGGGCAGGGCCUCUCGCAAGCUUGCCAGCAUUCCUGCCACUUCUGCAUUCAUCAGAGACAGCUCUCCACACCAACCCUGAUACAUUCCCUCGCUACCGUAAGCCACGCGCAAACACGGACUUGCUCUGGAUCCCACCUCCAGGCAGCACACCUCAACAAAGCAGUAAACGCGGCCUGCCAGUCGUGUACAGGAACAACUGGAAUGUGCUGCCUACGUGUUGCGAAGUCUGCGGGUUCUGUCUCGAAGAGAGAGAGAGUCCGCGACUCUACUGUAAGGACCACGCCUCGACCAAGUGUAUCUGUACGAAAAGUUUGACUGUGGCUUGUAAAGAGUGUCGUCCGUAG